AUGGCAAGGAACCAGACUGCGAGCCUCCCAGUUAUUCCCCUCGCGAGAGGGACCGUUCUACUCCCCGGUCUAGUGCAGAGAAUUCCUGUCACCUCAAGCCGACCGGACAUCCCAGCGUUGCUCGCUCAUGUGUACGAGCGUGCCGCCGCGAAGGGCCCCGAGGGCCGCAUAGACCAAGUUCCGAUUUGUUGCGUUCCCAUAUCAUCGCCCCAUGUUGGUCCGAGUGGGCAGCUACUCAUAAACAAUGGCGAGGAGGUCGACAGUUCACAGUCUGAUGACAUCAACCCCGGGAGUGCCAAAACCGCGGACCUCUACAAUUUUGGCGUCGCUGCCAAGAUAAUCGGUGUUGAUGGCCGCGGAUCUGGAGAGUUUGCUCUGAGAGUGGAGGGUACUGCGCGCAUACGACUUGAUGGAAUAUACCAGGAGCGUCCUUUCUUUGAAGGAAAUGUCACGUACUUCACUGACGAGGUCAACCCUUCAGAUAAACAGCUACACGAGCUAUUCCAGCUUCUGAAAGCCAAGUCUAGGGAGCUGGUCACCAUCCUUCGAAUUUCAUCCUUACUACCCCGAACGAAGGGUGGGCCGACGCUGGCCCCCUCGAUAACAAAGCGACUGGACAUGCUGAUUAUGAGGAGAGAGUUCAAAGAUGCGGGACUAUUGGCUGACUUCAUGUCCAAUCUGGUGGAGACCACCCAUGAAGAGAAGUUGGAAGUUUUGGCUGCUUUGGAUGUCAAGGUCCGGAUCACAAAGGUCAUUGAGCUCCUCGAUCGCCAAGUGGGAGGCAUCAAGAAUAAUUUCAAGAUCACGGCAUUCACCACAGUUCCAGUUCAAAUUCUGGACCGCCUGAAUGACAACCAGCGAAAGAAUAACUCGUUCCCAGGCAUGCCGGGGAUGGCCUUUGUCCCACCCCAGGGGCAGAUGCCUAAUAACAACGAUCAGGACGGGGACCAGGAGGCAAAUGAAUUGGAAGAGCUGAAGAAGAAGCUGCAGGCUGCAAAGCUGCCUCAAGAGGUGUCCAAGACAGUGGACAGGGAACUUCGUCGCCUUUCAAAGAUGAUGCCCAUGAACCAAGAGUACCAAGUCACUCGAACUUGGUUGGAAACCUUGUCGGAGAUUCCCUGGGCUGCUGUCACUGAAGACCGUCUUGGUCCGGAGACGUUGAACAGAGCCCGUAAGCAGCUCGAUACGGAUCACUACGGUCUGGAUAAAGUCAAGAAGCGACUGAUCGAAUAUCUUGCUGUUCUUAGGCUGAAGCAGUCUAUCAACGAUGGCGUUGAUGCAAAAAUCAAGCAGGCUGAGGAGGAGGAAGCUUCUUCUGCCGCCGGUUCUACUCAGAUGGAGGACGAGCUGGAUGACCAUGUGCCUCAAAUUAAACCCAGCCUGCAGGACUCUGCAAAGCUCCAGGUUCUCAAGUCAAAGAGAAUGGUUGAUAAAUCCCCCAUUAUGCUCCUUGUAGGUCCCCCUGGAGUAGGCAAGACUAGUCUGGCUAGAUCCGUUGCGACGGCGCUGGGACGAAAGUUUCACCGCAUUUCCUUGGGAGGUGUGAGGGACGAAGCCGAAAUUCGGGGCCAUAGGCGAACAUACGUCGCGGCUAUGCCUGGCCUCAUUGUCCAAGGUCUACGCAAGGUCGGCGUCGCUAACCCAGUUUUCUUGUUGGAUGAGAUCGAUAAGGUUGGAGCUGCGAGUGUUCACGGCGAUCCUUCAGCUGCAAUGCUCGAGGUCCUUGAUCCAGAACAAAACCACACGUUUCACGACCAUUACGUGGGUAUGCCAAUUGAUCUUUCCAAGAUUCUGUUCAUCGCCACUGCCAACUCGCUUGAUACAAUCCCUGGACCCCUUCUCGACCGUAUGGAAAUGAUCUACAUUCCAGGCUACACAACACUUGAGAAGCGUCACAUCGCAGUACAGCAUUUGAUCCCCAAACAGAUUCGGGUCAACGGACUGGCCGAGGACCAGGUGUACUUCAACCAAGAUGUUGUGUCCAAGAUCAUUGAGUCGUACACCCGUGAGUCAGGGGUUCGCAACCUCGAGCGUGAGAUUGGCUCUGUGUGUCGUGCGAAGGCUGUGGAAUUCGCAGAGGCGAAGGACUCCAACGCGCUCGACAAGUACAAACCACAGCUCGAGGUUGACGACCUGGAGGCCAUCUUGGGGAUUGAGCGCUUUGAGGAAGAGAUUGCCGAGAAGUCUAGUCGCCCGGGCAUCGUGACCGGACUGGUUGCUUAUAGCUCAGGGGGCAACGGUAGUAUUCUCUUCAUCGAGGUGGCUGAUAUGCCCGGCAACGGCAGGGUUCAGUUGACCGGAAAGCUUGGAGAUGUUCUCAAGGAGAGCGUCGAGGUUGCCCUCACUUGGGUGAAGGCCCAUGCCUAUGAGCUUGGCCUUACCCCAGAGCCGACAACCGACAUCAUGAAGGAGCGAAGCAUCCAUGUGCACUGUCCUUCCGGCGCCAUACCCAAGGACGGUCCCAGUAGCGGCAUUGGCCAAGCGAUUGCGCUCAUCUCUCUGUUUUCAGGAAAACCUGUCCCACCGACCAUGGCCAUGACAGGCGAAAUAUCCCUUCGUGGCAGAGUGACCGCCGUCGGAGGUAUCAAGGAGAAACUUAUUGGAGCACUACGAGCGGGCGUCAAAACGGUGUUACUACCUGCACAGAACCGAAAAGAUGUGAAAGAUCUGCCACAGGAGGUCAAGGAUGGCCUGGAGAUCAUCCAUGUCAGCCAUAUCUGGGAGGCGAUUCGGAUGGUAUGGCCAGACUCUCAUUGGGCAGCGGACAGUAACUACGCAGGUAUUGAAAGCCGACUCUAA